AAAGCGGAGUUCUUCAAGGUGAUCCGCGUCCGCGGCGACGGCCGCUGCAUGUUCCGCUCGCUCGCCGUCGGCCUCGCGCACAUCCGACGCGAGACGCUCACCGCGGCGGACGAAGAGCGCAACGCGGACCAGCUGCGACUCGCCGUGGCCGAGAGCCUGUGCCGCGCGCCGGAGAAGCGCAAGCAGUUCCCGGAGGCGACGACCGCGAUCUCGUACGAGAUGACGCUGCAGACGUACUGCCAGCGGCUGCUGAAGCCGAGCUUCUGGGGCGGGGAGCCGGAGCUGCUGGUUUUGGCGAAGAUCGUGCGGCGGCCGAUCGUCGUGUACAUCCCCGCGGCCAAGGUGAAGAGCGCGGGGACGCAGUCCGGGUACGUGCCCAUACAGACGUACGGGAGAGAGUUCGAGAAAGGGGGGAGCGGGGAUAAGACCGGGAAGGGACGGAAGCCCGUGCGGUUGUUGUACAACGGGCAGAACCACUACGAUCUGUUGAUUCCCUGA